AUGUGGGUGCCUUUGCACACUAAACGACGCAGAGCUGAGGGCAGAAGAUGCACAACAAAGAUGGAUGUGCAUUCAUCGGAGUGUCAGGUGUAUGGAGGGGAAAGCAGAGAAGAGGAGUAUGGUUAUGCGAAGACGUGUCAAGCUUGGGGGAAGAAGGUCAUGGUCAGGAAAAUUCGGAUGGGUAGAACCUCAUUCGCUAAUAUCGUCAGUUGUGAGUGGAGGCGGGUAUACUCUGUCAUCGAGAAGUUUACUGUGAUGCAGAGUAGAGCUGUAGUUUAUGUGCAGUUUGAUAUUUCAUGGUCCAGAUGCCCAGCAGGCGGAUCAACCAUCGUAGUGAUGGUCCAGAUUGUUGCUCGAAUCGCAUUUCUCGAAUGCACCUGUCGUGAUCUUCUCAUGAUUCGUUCUAGUUUCACAUGUUUUCUUGGAUGA